AUGGGGGCCAAGUGGCGCACGCCAGACCACUACAGGUUCCUCCUGGUGAUUGUGGACCAUUUUUCCCGGUGGGUGGAGGCGACGCCAACAAAGAAGGAGGAUGGGGAGGUAGUGGCCAACUGGCUGCGAAAUGAGUUGAUCCCCAGACAUGGGGUGCCCAGACUCGUUUGUACCGAUAACGGCACCCACUUUAAGAACGAACACCUAGCCCGUGUGGAGGCGGCGCUGGGAAUAAGCCAUAGGUUUGGCAGUGUAUACCAUCCAGAAAGCCAGGGCUUAGUUGAGCGGGCGAAUAGGACCCUGAAGGACAAGAUAGCGAAGGUCCUGGCGGGGACCUCCAUGACUUGGGUACAAGCACUGCCCCUGGCUCUUAUGUCCAUGCGCCAGGAGAAGUGCGGAGACACCUUCCUUUCCCCUCAUGAGAUUCUGACCAGUAGACCCAUGCCCGGACCUUGCUUAUCACCCCGGUGGGAGGACACCUGGGACUUCAUGAACCAGGGCAUGACCCAGUACAUGCAGGUCUUACACGAGAUGGUUAAGCUAGUCAGGCAACAGGUGAUCGAUGCUCGGGAAAAGGAGGCUGGUUCAACGGCAUCGCUCUCGGUGGGGGAGGAAGUUUACCUCCGGCACCCAGGCAGGACAUCCUGGAGUGAGCAGAGGUGUCAGCAGCUUGAGGAGAUUCCCCUAAAGGUGUUCACGACAUCAUUCCCGGCAAUCAAUUCCUUUCUUUGCCCCGAGAGUGCUGCCAAUCCAGCAGUGAACAGAAAUGAUGAAAACGUGAAGAGAGGUAACUGGUCCUCGAAGACUGACUAUUUGCUCUCGAUGAUUGGCUGUGCUGUGGGUCUAGGCAAUGUCUGGAGAUUCCCUUACCUGGCUUACAAAAAUGGAGGAGGUGUAUUUCUUAUUCCCUACUCAAUCAUGCUGGGUCUUGUUGGGAUACCAAUAUUUUUCUUGGAAUCUUCCUUUGGACAGUUUGCCAGCCUCGGGCCUGUUGCAGUGUGGAAAUCUGUACCAAUGUUACAAGGUGUUGGAGUCACCAUGGUCCUUCUGAUCAUAAUUGCCAACAUUUCCUAUGCCUGCAUUAUUGGUUACAGUCUGUACUACCUGUUUGCUUCCUUCCAAUCACCCCUAUCAUGGGCAGACUGCUUCAGUUGGUGGGGAGCAGAUGAAACAUGCAGCAGGACUCCCAAAGAUCCAUUUUGCAAUCUUACUCUGGACGAUGGAUAUUUUGAAGUCAUUAAUACAACAUGGCUGCAGACGUAUAAUAACACUUGCCUAAUUGGAUCAGAAAUCUCCAUUCCUCACCAGGGUCCGAGUGAGCAAUACUGGGAUAAAGUAGAUUUACGCCGUUCCAGUUCAAUGGUUGAGACUGGGGAGGUAAUCUGGUAUUUAGCCCUCUGUCUGCUUCUUGCCUGGCUAAUAGUUGGGGCAGCAUUAUCAAAAGGAAUCAAAUCUUCAGGAAAGGUGGUUUAUUUCACUGCGACAUUCCCUUACGUGGUCCUGACCAUACUCCUGAUCCGAGGGGUUACCCUGGAGGGAGCUUCUAAAGGAAUUGAAUUCUACAUCGGAAGCCAGUCAGACUUCUCCAGACUGGCUGAUGCUGAGGUCUGGAAAGAUGCUGCGACUCAAAUUUUCUUUUCUAUCUCAGUGGGUUGGGGCACUUUAGUAGCAUUGUCGUCUUACAACAAGUUCCACAAUAACUGCUACAGAGAUACCAUCAUUGUCUGUGUUGUUAAUUGUGCUACGAGUGUGUUUGCUGGAUUUGUCAUCUUCUCCAUCCUGGGACACAUGGCUCACAUACAAGAUAAGCCCGUUUCAGAGGUUGCCCAGUCAGGGUUUGGUUUGGCCUUUAUUGCCUACCCAGAGGCCCUUGCACAGUUGCCAUGGGCAACUUUAUGGUCCAUUUUAUUUUUCUUCAUGCUGCUCACUUUGGGACUUGACACACUGUUUGCAAGUUUUGAAACAGUAAUAACAAGCCUGCUGGACCAGUUUCCUGAGUUCCUUAGGCCAAAGCGUCUUUAUCUGACAGCUGGUCUUUGUUUGUUAUUUUAUUUCCUUGGCCUUCUGUUUGUAACACAGGCUGGGAUUUAUUGGUUACAUUUAAUGGAUUAUUUCUGUACUGGAUGGAUUCUCAUUGUAGUUACUCUGUUGGAACUCAUUGGUCUCAGCUGGAUCUAUGGGACAAACAGAUUCAUCAAGGACAUUGAGAUGAUGAUUGGGGAAAGGACUUGGCUCUUCUGGCUGUGGUGGAGAAUGUGUUGGAUUCUGAUCUCUCCGUGUUUGCUGGUGGCAGUCUUAAUCUGGUCCUUGACAACAUUUGCCCCACUAAGAUAUGGAUCUGUUGAAUACCCUGUCUGGUCAGGAGCACUGGGCUGGUGUAUGACCAUCUUCUGUAUUAUGUGGAUCCCCAUCAUGGCUGUGGUGAGAGUUGUCCAAGCUGAGGGCCCCACCUUGUGGCAGAAAAUAUCUGCUGCUUGCACAUCAGCUCCUGAUUGGGGUCCCUACUUGGAACAACACAGAGGGGAAAGAUACAGGAAGAAGCCUGACUCUACAGAAGACCCAAACUGUGUGCACCUUCUGGUCAUUCCUGAGAAGUAA